AUGACGUCAGCUUCGUCUUAUUUGUAUAACGCCACCCAUCAUAGAGCUUACUUUCGAUACAUCACCAUCCUCGUACCAGAGCAUUGGGCACCUAGUGAGGAGUACGAGGUUGCUGGGCAGGAAUCAAUACAGCACGCUGAUAUACACAUAGAUGCAAAUUCCUGGCCGCAUGUGAAGAGUUACAAGAAUUGUGGAAGAGUUGGACUUGGAAUGUACAUUGGUAAAAAUCUUUUCACCAAAACAGGGUUCUCACCAUACGGACAAAGAGAUAGAGUGAUUGUACAUGAAUGGGGUCAUUACCGUUGGGGAGUGUUUGAUGAAUAUCCUACUGGUAAUGAUGCACAGUUCUACUACUCGUCAGACGGUCGGCUCAAACCUGUGGCAUGUUCUACAGCCGUUGAAGUCCGUCAAUCAGACAUACGUAGGAAAGAUGGUACAACUGAUGAUGAAUGUGUUACGGAUAAAUCCAAAUGUUACUACUAUAUUAAUUAUAGUGACCAGACAGCGACGGGAUCUAUUAUGUUCAUGCAGUUUAUAACAUCA